GAGAAGGAGAGGGAGUGAAGCGCGAGCGCACUGGUUUGGAUUCACUCCACUUUCUCAUCACUCACGGUGCAGCCGCGCGACCUGCUCCGUUCCGGACCGCGCGAGGACCAGAAACUGGACCAGAGGGGACCGGAGAAAUCCUGCGUUACUAGCAGCUUGAACUCUUUUUCCACUUUUUUUUUUUUUUAGAAAGUGUGUAGGGAGAGAAACGGAGAGUGUGCCACCAGCGGAGGAUGCAGCUGCUUCCAUCCGGCCGCCGGUGACGCUUUCAGGGGUCCGUAAGUGAGUCCGGCCGUGCCUCCGGAGAGCGCUGGUCACGACUGAAUAGAAACUGAGAGAAACUGGAGGAAUAACUACAGCCGUGACUGGAUUGUUUGAUUCGCCUCUGAAUCCUUUUUUUUUUUUUGUUCGUUUAUUUAUUUUUCUUUUUUAAUAUCUAUCUAUAUAUAUUUUUUACUACAACCUUGUGGAUUCUUUAUGAUAAAACAAUUUUUGUCCUGGAGCGUCUGCGUCUGGAUACCGCGGAGGAGCGAGAGCCUGUAGCCGGCGUUGGAGCGCCCAGACCUGGGUCUUUAACUCGAUCCAGAUUGAUGUUGUCCGGCAGAGACAUGGUGAUCCUGAGGUGGGAGCUACUGUCCCUCUUGGCCGUCAUCCUGAUGGUCUCCUGCAAUGCUGUGCCUACAGAUAUUCUGUAUCGGGUUAAUGAGGAACAGCCACCCAACACAUUGAUUGGCAGCCUGGCGGCAGACCAAGGCCUUCCAGACACUGGACAUCUGUACAAGCUGGAGGUGGGCACCCCUUUCCUGAGGGUGGACGGCAAAACUGGGGACAUCUACACCACAGAGAUUCCUAUUGACCGUGAGACACUGAGAGACUGCCAAAACCAGUUUGAUGACAAAUGCUACCUGGAAUUUGAAGUGUCCAUCACAGACAUGGUGAAAGGGAUUGGCUCAGGGCCACGGCUGAUCGAAGGUCGCAUUGAAGUGCUGGAUAUGAAUGACAACACGCCGCAGUUCUCUUCACCCAUCCUCUCCCUAGCAAUUCCAGAAAAUACACACAUUGGUGCACUCUUCUCCAUCCCAAUGGCCACAGACAAGGACUCUGGUUCCAACGGCGUGGCUGAGUACUCUCUGAGUUCCGGACCGGAUGCUGAUCAACUCUUCAGCCUGCAGGUCGCUUUGGACACGGACGAGAAGCAGCCACAGCUGGUUGUCAUGGGUAACCUGGAUCGUGAGAAGAAAGACUCGUAUGAUCUGAAUAUUCGGGUUGUAGAUGGAGGUGAUCCACCAAGGGCGAGCAGCGCUUUACUGCGAGUCACCGUGACCGAUCAGAAUGACAAUGCGCCAAAGUUUGAGAGAAAUCACUACGAGGCCGAACUUCCAGAGAACAGCCCACUGGGACACUCCGUUUUGCAGGUUCGAGCCAAUGACGCUGACACUGGUGCCAAUGGAGAGAUAGAUUACAUCUUACAUCAAGCAUCCGAGACUGUCCAGAGGCUUCUGCGCAUUGACCGUUCCACUGGCAUCAUUUACGUCAAAGGCCUGGUAGACAGAGAAGAAACUAAUUUUCUCAAGUUCUUUGUGGUUGCCAGAGACCGUGGGCCUAAUUCCAAGAGUUCCAAAGUCCUAGUGACCAUCAUUGUCAAGGACCAAAAUGACAACGCACCAGCAAUAGAGAUUCGUGGUAUUGGGUUGGUCACUCACCAGGACAGUGUGGCAAACAUCUCUGAGGACAUGCCGAUUGGUACCCCAGUAGCACUAGUCCAAGUGUCUGACCGUGACGAGGGAGAAAACGCUGUGGUGACAUGUGUGGUUGCAGGUGACGUCCCUUUUCAACUCCGACCUGCUAGCGAGUCAGCCAAUGAUCGAAAGAGAAAAUACUUCCUGCAGACAACUACUCUGCUGGACUAUGAACGUAUUAAAGAUUACCGAAUUGAAAUAGUUGCUGUGGAUUCCGGUAACCCAGCUCUGUCAAGCACCAAUUCUCUUAAGGUCCAGGUCACAGACGUGAAUGAUAACACACCAACAUUUUCUCCAGCUUUGCUUGAAGUGUUCUUUCCUGAGGGCAACCAGCCAGGUGACAGAGUGCUAGAUAUUUUGGCCACAGAUGCAGAUAGUGGUAUAAAUGCAGAGAUGAUUUAUAGCAUCAUUGAGUCCUCUGCUAACAGGCUUUUUGAAGUCGAUGCCAACACGGGAGAGGUUCGUGUGAAAAACACACUGGAUCGAGAGGAAGUUGAGCGCUAUGAGUUCCAUAUCGCUGCAGCCGACAAAGGCCUUCCGAGUAAAACUGGAACUGCUACAGUGGUUAUAAAUGUUCUAGACCGCAAUGACAAUGAACCCAAAUUCAUGUUAAACGGAUACAGUUUUUCUGUAAUUGAAAACAUGCUCCCACUAAAUCCUGUUGGUGUAGUGACUGUGACUGAUGCUGAUAAGGGGGAGAACUCAAGAGUGACACUGUUUGUAGAACCAGAUAACGGCAAGUUUGUGAUUCAAAAUGGAACAGGAACGAUCCUGUCGAGCAUUUCUUUUGACCGUGAAAAGGAAAGCACCUACACCUUCCGUCUGAAGGCUGUGGAUGGUGGUGAACCACCUCGGUCUUCCUACGUUGGUGUGACCAUCAAUGUCCUGGAUGAGAAUGAUAAUGCCCCCUAUGUCACCAAACCAUCCAACUCCUCCUACACUUAUCUGACACCUGUCACACCUCCAGAAACAAGAGUGGAAGUUGUUGAGGCUGAGGACAUUGAUGCUGGGCUCAAUGCAGAGCUGUAUUAUUCAAUCACUGGAGGAAACCCUUAUGGCCUUUUUCAAAUCUCGUCCACCAGUGGGGAAAUCACACUGGCACAAGCAUUCUCUGGCAAGCACAAUGGGCUUCACCGACUUGUCGUGAAGGUCAGUGAUCAAGGCAAACCUGCUCGAUACACCACAGCCUUAGUUCACGUGUUUGUAAAUGAAACCAAAUCUAAUGUGUCCCUCAUUGAGGCACUUGUGGGUCACAGUCUUUACACACCUCUGGACAGAGACAUAGCAGGAGACCCUAACUAUGCCUACAGUCAGCAAACCAACAUUUUAUAUGCUGUCCUUGCAGGUGUUGCUGUUGUUAUUUUGGUCAUUGUAGCUGUGGUGGUCAUCAGACACCAUCUGCAGAAAGAUACUAAAAGCGGUUACCAAGCUGGCAAAAAGGAGAGCAAAGAUCUUUAUGCUCCCAAGCAGGGACCCAAAAAUGGCAAAGGAAAAAAGAGCAAAAAACCCAGAGCUCCAAAACCCACCAAACCACUGGAAGAGGAUGAGGAGGCGAGUUUGCAGAAAGGUCUGAAGUUCAACCUUAUUAAUGACGUUAAUGACAGUCCCAGAAUCCAUCUGCCCCUUAACUAUCCACCAGGAAGCCCCGACCUGGGCCGUCACUAUAGGUCCAACUCUCCUUUGCCAUCUAUCCAGCUGCAACCACAGUCACCCUCUGCCUCCAAGAAACACCAGGCUGUUCAGGACCUCCCUGCAACCAACACCUUCGUAGGGACGGGCGACAACAACUCCACGGGCUCGGAUCAAUAUUCGGAUUACAGCUACAAGGCCAACCCACCCAAAUACAACAACAAACAGCUGCCCCACCGCCGAGUAACCUUCUCCACCUCCAACCAGGCCCAGGAUCUGCAGGAUGCAUCCCAGCACAGCUACUACGACAGUGGCCUGGAGGAGUCAGAGACCCCAAGCUCCAAGUCAUCAUCGGGCCCCAGGAUCGGACCACUAGCUCUGCCAGAAGACCACUACGAGAGGACCACACCUGAUGGCAGCAUCGGCGAGAUGGAACACCCGGAGAACGACCUCAGGCCCCUUCCAGACGUGGCAAUGACCGGUAACUGCACCCGUGAGUGCACCGAGUUUGGCCACUCUGACUCCUGCUGGAUGCCCGGCCAGUCUUCCCCCAACCGUAAGGUCUCCAAGAACGCCCCCAAGCUCUCCACCUUCGUGCCUUACCAGGAAAUGGACGGACAGGAGCACCUGAUGGCCAACGGCAGCCCGAAGCCCAUGGUGACGGAGGAACGUGGGACGGGUGGUGGCGCUGGUGGCAGCAGCUCCAAAGUGGCCAGCAUGAGGUUCAUGACCCCAUACAGCAGUGCCUACCCUGGGAGCGGAGACUCAUCUGGCAAAGACUGUGGCCUCGAGGAGAUCCCACUGAGCCAGGCAGCGGAGUACCACUCUGCCACCACCCCCACUGGCCAGACCUCCAAGAGAGAGAUCUACCUGUGAGGGUCAAGCUCUCAACUUUAAAUCCCCAAUGAUCCACGAUGCCGCUCAUCGCCUCACCUCUCACCUCCUCACAGCCACCCCCUGUGCCUACAACUCGCUGUGCCACAGCACGACUCACCCUUCUUCCUUUUUACAACUGCAUCACCGAACAAGGCUUUAGAACACCCCGCCCCGUCUUACUGCCGCCACCGCUGAUACUCCCCUCUAGAAACCAAUCAAAUGUAAGAAUAGACAAACGAAAAUGGAAGAAAAUUCAGUUUUAGCUGCUGUGGAUGGAAUGUAAACUAUGCCACAUGGUUGUGAUGAUUUCAUGGGAAACUAUUUAGCUCUUCACGUAUUUGAGUUACAUUUCUGUGUGUGGCAUUACGCAUUGUUGCUGUGUCGGAACAGAAAAAGAACAAGAACUUCAUGGGGGCUAUGGAAGAACUUCUUGUAAAUCGUACUUAAGUAUACUGUGUAAUCUUAUCUAUCCUCAACUUUUUUAUUUUAUUUACUUUGUCUUUGUUGACUUCGGAGGCCGUAGGAAUCACAUUUUCUAGUCAAGUUGAAUUCAAUAACGGAAACAGCUCAUUGAAAAGACGUUUGCAGAAACGCAGCUGUUUCACAAUCACCGGAGUUGUAUCUUAGUUUUUCGGCAGAACAUAUCCUUUUUUCAGUGUACAGAGCUGUAAAUAUUACAAACAGUGACAGAGGAAACUGCUGUGGCUCUCAGUGUGGAUCUGUGGCUGUUGUGCUGUCUGCAGAUCUUCACGUAUCGUCCCUUUGAUGAACUGAAAAUCUGGGCACACACAGGGUAACAACAUCACAGCAUUCAGUGUCACACUGCAGGAAUCUGGACUCUUGAGCAUCACCGACGGUGCCAAGUUACAACCACAAGACUUUUUAUUGUUUGAGUGUUUCAGUUUUUUUUUUUUUUUUUUUUUUUUUUUUUUAUUAUCUCUGCAGCUUCUCAACACUGCUUCUGCGGGGAAGUACAUCUUUUAUUUUUUAUCAAAAGGAAGCUGAACCUCAUGUUGUUCUCAGUAGUUGACCAUAUUAUGAUAAUUGUUAUAAUGGAAAAUAUAGUUAAAUAUAAAUACACAAUCUUCAACAUGUGUUACAUUCCCAUUUUAUGUUUACUGAUGAGAACCUAAAAAAGGUUUUGGGAUAGAAAGUUAUGUUGCCAUCAAAACACAAUGUUCAUGUUUAAGAAGAAAGAACGACAAUACAGAAAUUGUAAAAAUUAUUACAGCCUUCUUUGGUUCUAUGGAUUUUAUUCUUGAGGAUGUAUUAAAAAUUAUCUGGUCUUUAUAGGUUCUAAAAUUAUUUAAAUCUAAACCUCGAAUUAAUGAAUACCCACAACAAACUCCACAUUAUUUAUAAUUUUCAAAAUAAAACAAAAUAAUGUCAAAUAGAAACACCAUACAGCUAAAUUCACCAUCAGUGUGGGGUUUAAUCUUGAAAGCAGAAACAAGCUGCUGCUUGUGAAAUGCUCCUAAAAUACUAUAAACUGUAGUUUGCUGUCAUGAUAUGUGUAUGUUUUAACGCCAUGCCAAGUCAGAAAGACAACAUUAGUGAUCUCAGAGAAGCAAUUGUUGCUCAACAUCAGUUUGGGAAGGGUAAUACGAUAAUUUCAUAGCAAUUUGAAAUCUAUCCUCUUGCCUAGCUAGAGGAAUAUUAUUCUGUAAUCGAAAGAAUUUACUUCCAUGAUACUGAUGGAGUAUUGACAAAAGGUGUACAUUGGUUUUACCUAUGCUGUGUUAUUCUCAGUAGAUUAGCUUUUUAUGCAGAAAAUUCUUCCCAAUUCUCAUACAUUUUGAUUUUCUCAAGGUAUAAAAUUCCAAAAUGGAAGCCAUUUGUGGUUAAACCCAACUUUGUUACAAUUGAGCUGCAGGAAAUAUGCUGGGUCUUGGCAUUUUCUUCAUUUCUUAUAACUAUAAUUAAAAGUUGAAAUGUCCCAUUGUAAAAGAAUUGAAUAAAACAAAAAAAAUCAUAAAGGUCCAUCCUCUACGGAGCAGAUGUGAAGUCGAAAAUCAUCACUGCAUAUCAUCUGAUACUGAUUACACAGCAUUGGGGUAAGAAAACACAGAUUUUCAGUCAAACUUCAAUGAUUACCAAGUUAUGUUCCAGUUUUGGUACAAACACAAACAAACAAGAAACACACACAAAAAGAAAAAGCAGAGUAUUUAUCAGAAAGUCCAGCUGGUCUCAGAUGGUUGCGCAAACAUCAGUCGUGAAGCUCCUGCAGCUAGAAUAUGUUAACCACAGUGUUCAUGAAGACUGUUUUGUUUGUUUCUGAAGCAGCUGUUUCCUGUUGAUACUGUCCACUGCAGCUGUUCUCACUCCUGAGUGUUUGACUUUAGAGAACGUCUCCCUGCUGUGUUUGUUAACUCGAAAGAAGAGCCCUUGGGUCAUUGUCGCCGCUCGUUAGUUUCCAAUUCUUUCCCACCUCUGCGUGAGGCCGAGUUGCUCCAUGUUUAGCAGGAGUAUUUAUUAAGUCAGUUUGCUGUGUGAGGUGGGCGGGGGGGCAGCUGGGGAAUGUGGCAGACAGUUGUUGUUGUGCUCCGGCCACACAGAAAUGCAGGAUUAAUGACAUCUGAAUGGGCUUUCGUCCACUAACACUCCCACUCCCCCACACGUGGAGCUCCGCAGAGGACGUCUAAUUACAACCUCAGGCUCUGCAUAUGACCAGUGAUAAUUUGCGUGAGGAAAAGGGAGUUGAUGUGGAGGUUCAGUCAUUUCAGGUCUUAUUCUCAUGGCUGCUGAAAAUGAUGUGAGAUUUCACCUGAACUGAUGGAGACUAGCAGAAGAGGAUGGAAAGAGGAUAUUGAUUAGCCUGCUCUCUGAGAUAGUUUAGCUUUUAAUAUUAAAUGUACUGAGUCAAGUGCUGACAUUUUCAAAGUAUUUUCUUUUGCAGACACAAAUAAAAGUAAAUAAAAACAUUUGAAUCUUAGAAAAAUCUUAAGAGUUUAAAGCUAAUAAACAUCUAAAUCUGCAAAAAAAGAAGUGAAUUUGCUUCACUUUACUGUAUACACCUUACCUUAAAGAAAAACACAUGAUCAGCAAAUAAAAAUGAAUGCAAAAGCAUUUCUAACUUCAAAAACAUCUCGCUUAUUUAAAAACCUCCAUCAAAGUUAAAAACUGAGGACGUAUCCACUGUUUAUUGAGAGGGCAGCAGGCCUGAUAUUGUGGUCCUCGAUGCCCAGUGUGCAUCUGGGCAGCUGAUUAUUGACCUGAGCUGAUAAUUAUUCCACAGUGCACAACUGCUUACACCUCACGCAGUGUGUCCAACACAAAGGCGGCAUUGUUUCUGACUAAAACAUGUUAUAUUUUUAGACUCGUCAAAGUACCUGCUGCAUCUCAUUGUGUUAGACUCCAAUUGCGAUCCCCAGGACUGGUUAUAGUUGCUAUUUAAUACAUUUAAAAUGCACAGCGAUGCAUUUUGUACCAUUUAAGUUAAACAUGCCUGUUUAUCAUAUCCACAAGGUGAGAUCAAUGUCUUUCUCAAGUGAACAGGAGUGUAACUGACUCAUUAGUUUGGUUUCUUUGCACUCAGCACUUCUAGCCUUCACAGUCAAAGCGCCACACCAAAGCAAUAUAAACAAGCUGAAAGUCUUUGCAAGUAAACUGAUUACAAAUUAGGGUCAUCAGCAGGGUCAGGCAGGGUUAAUGUCUCAUUUCAUGAGGCAAACAGCUUGAUGGAGCAUCUUAGAUUGCUUCUCUCUAACUCUGUGUUUUUAUCUCCAAUGUACAAUCAUCCGUUACAUAUCAGACAGCUAAUUGCUUUGUGUUGUGUUUUAUAUGUGGUUCAACUUGAGGUAAAGCUUGACGUGUGGGCUCUUCUGCAGUUGUUCUCGUGAUUCAGCCUCUGAAUAAAGUUUGAUUUAUUCUCGACAUAUCUGCCCGUUCAGUAAAUAUGCUCAUACAACGACACACAUACAUCAACAGUCAUUCAGCUGCUGCUCAGCCCUACCCGCAGAAGAGAUUUAGAGCUCAUGAGUGCUGCAUGCGCCUGCGGUGAUUUAACGCCUGAGCUCAACGGUCUGAUUGAUUAUUUACAGGCAUAUUGUGGCGGUCCACCUUCAGUCUCUGUCUUCCUGCUCCUCUGCUACGUCCAUCGGCUGCUUGGGUGCGUGGUCAGAGUCCCAGUUGGCCUGUGUUGUGCUGAGUGCGGUGUGUGGUGUAAGGAUGCAGAAAAAGGUCUAGAGGUCUUGUAGUAUCAGCUUAGCCUCAACCUUUUGGCACCAAUUAACCCUUGAAGAAAACAACAACCCUCUGGUAACCUCUGGCAAUCUUUGGUGAACUCUGCAACGUUAGUUUUACGUCAAGAGCAAACAGUGCUUUGGUGUUUGUGCACACACUCACUAAGAGAUUAGUUUGCUUAUUAUAGACAUGAAUAGGUUUAAGUUCUUAAACCACUUUUUAGUGCAGAUAAGCUUAAUUAAGCCUAGAUGAAAGAUUUGGGUUGAGACUGAAGUUAGUUUCCUCCUCUAUGUACAUUAGAUUUGCAUUAUUAACAAUUCAAUCGGUCUGAUUGGCAUCAUCAAAAGGAUUGAUCCAAUCAGUCUUCCUCCUAAUUUUUCAAUUCAUAAGAGAUUGGACAUGAGUGAGCUAAAACACAAAUAAGACAAUAUCAUGAUGGAAAAACAGUCCUGUAAUGAAGGAAGGCAUUGCUAUUUUCGCUCACAGUAAAGAUACAUAUUACUCCCUAAUUUGUCAGUUAAAGCAUAGUUGUUUAAUUUCUUGUGACAAAAAUACUUACAGUAAAGUUUGCUCAUGAAAUGUAGAUAAAGCCUAAUGUCAAGAAAUAUUUUGUUACAGCUCAUGGAUAAUUUGAUCAAUAUUUGUUUACCAAAAAAUUGUACAAACACAGCAAAGGCAACAAAGAAGUGAUUCUCAUAAAAACAGAAGGCAACAAAAAACAAAUGUCACACACACACAAAAAAAGUCAAAUAAAACUAAACGUGGAAAAAAUGACCUCAAGUGAUCUGAACUGUGUAGGCCACAUAGUGGUCACAUUUUUUAGGAACAAGGUAAAAGGCAGUUGUGUUAAUUAUAAUGAGGAUAAACUGGGCAAGUUUAUUCGUCUAGGACAUUUAAGCAAUAGGACAAAUCAAAGCCCUUUAGAUAAAUAAGAAUCAAUGUCAAACAAUCAAAAACACUAUUACAAUGCAGUGCAGUAAUAAAGAAAAUAAUGACAAGGUGGAAUUCAGAUUAAAAUGAAUGAUGUUCCAGCCUUUCAAAGGUAACUCUAAAUAGACGAAACAAAAAGUAAAAAUGACCUUCAAAAACAUUUCAUUCAAACUGGAAUGACUGUGCAGUCAGACUGUCAGAUUUAAUAAAACCAAGUAAAGAGGAACAGCUACCGUGCUGAGAAUAUAGCUAUUUGUUUCUUUUCGUGACUUUGAUUCACAUUUCUUCUUCUGUUUUUUAUCCUGUAUGACUGCAGCAGGAGCCCUUAGCUGUGUCUUGAGAACACUACACAGAUGUUUCGAUAAUUUGGCAAAAGAAAAAAAAGAAAUCAUAGAAGAAAUUCGACUAGACAGAACUUCAAAAUCAAGAGUAAAAGGAAAAAGAAAGUGUUUUGGGUGAUAUUUCACUCAGAAACAUGUAUCAAGUACGGAGAAUAAUAAUAUAAAAAAAAACUUUAUACCCAGCAUAUGCAGUAACAGUCAAAUAUUUAGACAAGGUAAUGAAAAAAGUAAACCGGUGUCCAAACUCUUUGACUGCUACCGCGUUUCUGUGGCCAUUUGAAGGAUCCAAAGUGUCAGCAAACAUUUCCUGCUCCCUGGAGGAAAACCUAAACCCCCCGACACAGCCUCCAGCCUCCCGACCUACCUGUCAGCCCCCAGGAGACCUACUGUCACACACUUUGACAGUCUCUGUGGGGGUGUGUGUGGGUGUGUAGGGGUGCGCAGGAAGAAGGAUGGGAGCUGGUCGCUUUGCAUGAACAUUUCAAAUCCACUUCGCAGUGACAGAAAUUGAUAUUUCUGACAUUUCCUCUGUGUUGAAAUUCAGAUAUUCUGUUUGCCGAAAUAUUCAGGUGGACUUGGGAUAUGCACCAACUCAUAUCAAAUCAGAGAAAAUAAUCUCUUUAGAGCUCUUCAUUCAAGGUGGAAAAACAAUUUGUAAAAGUAACAAGUACCCUCAGUCAGACCUGACAAUGAAAUGAACCAUUAUACACACUAUUAUCUAUCAUUUACUACAGUUAAUUUAUAUUAAAAACAAAUUCAGUGUGUGCUUCUUCUCAAACCAAGCUGCAGCUCUUAUUGCAAAAUAGCAUUACAAUCCUCCUAUUUUACUCUUAAUUCAGUAUUAACUGAAAUGUAUUGCUGAUUCUUUCAUCAAGUAUGACAUAAAUGCAUAAAUAUUUUGUGAAAAUCCUUUCUUAUUUCAUUUUUUAAAGCUUUAGACAUCUAAAAUUGUACAAAAACCACUGGAUUAAAUACAAUUGUGGGUAUUUUUCACAGUUUUCGAAAAGAAAAGAUUUCUUACGACUCUGGGCAUCAGACAUCAACUGGAUUUUUUCCCCCUUGUAUUUUUAAGGUUCAGGAGAUAUAAUUCUGAUUAUUCAGCCGUUCUGUUUGUAUCUUUACCAAACUAAUUCUCCUUACAUCAUAUUUUGGGUCAUGUAAAGAUAAUUUUUCUCACCUUCCGAGUCGGUUAUUACACUUUUCAUCUCUACCCUGUCAGCCGGUGUUGUUAUGGAUCUGUUGGUGACGUUUCUGACGCAGUAAAUUCAAUGUUUUCUCUCCCAGCUGUCUGAGAUUCAGUUGGGAGCCAGUUGAUUCUCCUCGUUCCAUUCGCAAUUUGUAUAAAUGGGACGUUUGCUCCGCUGAACAUGUUAGACACAGGAAAAAAACACUUCAUGAUUAAUGCACAGAAAUUGCAUUGAUUUUUUUUUUUUUUCAUCAGGAGAAAAAGUCCUGGAUAAUGGCUUAAUAUUUGCAUUGCUUUUACUAAACUUCCAUUUAGUCAGCAGAAGUUUUACUUGAGAAUCAACAAACGUCUUAGCAGAUUGAAGAAGGGUGACGAGCAACAGAAGGUUUACCAACUGACAGAGGAGCAAUGCAAUUGAACAUUUAAAUGAGCCGAUGCCUCUGAGCAGUAAAACAAUAAUUAUACAAAAUAUUUAAUCUAUUAAAGAACAUAAAUACAAAGGAUGUAUUCCAAUGAAAAUAGUCAUGUGAAAAUACUUUUUUUUUCUUUUUUUGCAAAUUUGUGACAAUAAGUCUGAAAAGGCCUUUCCAUCCAUUAAUCCAUCACCUUCCGCUUUAUCCAAGGUUGAGUCAUGGAGGCAGCAGUUUAAGAAAAAAGGCCCAGACUUCCAUUUCUCCAGCCACUUGGGAACAGAGGGGAUCCCAAGGCAUUCACAAGCCAACAUAGUCCCUCCAAUGUCUGGAUAUUCCUCUAGGUGUCUGUGGGACGUGCCUGGAAAUCCUGACCAAGGAGUCAACCAGAUGCCCCGACCAGACGCCUGAGCCACCUCUACUGGCUCCUCUCAGUGAGAAGGAACAGCGACUGUACUUUAAAACUCUCUAAUUGAUUGAGGUUCCUCUUCCUUCCUCUAAGGGACAACCCAGACACCCUCAGACUGAAAAUCUUUUCAGGCGCUUUUAUCUGCUGGACAGUGAUAGGUAUUUUCCUUUAACAGACAGAAUAGUUUUAUAUUACUUAAAACAGGUUAUUAUUUGUGAAAGAGUAGAUUCAUUAAACUCUCAGCCUGUGAUGUUUUUGUAAAUCUUAAACAUGUAUCAUUACAACACAUUUAAAUUUCCAGCCACUCUGGUUCCUCAAAGUACAUUUUGUACUAGGUACUCAAAAUGCUUUUUUACUUUGAACACACUUUUGUGUAACAAAGAAGAAUUAAAAACAUUCUUCUCAAAAUGAAUACUUGCUUUGAAUACCUACAAUAUAUUUUGAUAGAUGCCUUUCUUAUUUCAUAUCAGAAACAUGUUAGCUGAAUGAAAACCAAACCUAAAUUUAAUAGGAGUAUGCAUCACUUUUGUCUCAAUUGUACUUCUUACCAGCCUUUCCUUGCAAUAGGUUGAAAUGGAUUGGAGAAAAUUACUUCAAUGUAUCGAUUGUUAAAGUGUGUACAGAAAAUGAGAAAUUUGGGUAUGAAAAACACAAACUACAGAAAUUCAGGAAGGCACAGAAAUGAAAU